GCCUUCAGGAGCAGCCCGAGGUUCAGAAGCAGCCCAACCUGCAGAAGCAGGACCAGCGGCAGAAGCAGGACCGGCAUCAGAAGCAGCCUGACUUUCAGAAGAAGGACUAUCGUCAGAAGCAUGACCCACACCUGAAGCAGGACCGUCGUUACCGCCUACGCGCCGAAUCUCCUCGCCCUAAUCGUCGCCAUUCGUGGCAUGAGCACCCUCGGUCUCCGGGGCCUGCCCCCCGGCACUCACGGCAUGAGCGUUCUCGGUCUCCUAGGCUGACCCCCCACCACUCGCCACAUGAGCGUUUUAGGUCUCCUGGCGCUGUCCACCGUCACUCGCGGCAUGAGCGUUCUCGGUCUCCGGCUCCCCGCUCUCAGCCUUCUUCUCGUCGCCCGUACUCCAAGAAGGAGAUCGAUAGGUCCGCGAAGAAGUUUGCUCAGCCCAUCGCGGAGUCUCCUGGCCCUGUCCCGCGCUACUCGCGGCAUGAGCGUUCUCGGUCUCCGGCUCCCCGCUCUCAGCCUUCUUCCCGUCACCGGUACUCGAAGAAGGAGAUCGAUAGGUCCGCGAAGAAGUUUGUUCAGCCCAUCGGGGAUGACGAACGCUUCGACGCAGGAAAGGGCAAGACUAACCCGCCCGAGAAGAGUGGCCGUCGUCGCCUCUGCGGUACCAAGUUUCAGGAGCCCGUUGAGCGUAACAGGCGGACUUUCGAAUAGUGGUUCCGGUAGGUGUGCAUAGGUGUGGACGUGGGUAAUCUUUUUUCAUGGUUUUU